AUGGAUAUCUCAACUUGCGUUGACCUCGAGGAGGUAAAGCUCAUUUUAUCAGAUUUCGACUACACUUUUCUUGAUUCUGACCAUAAUGUAUCUGAUGCAAACGCUGAGGCUUUCGGUCAAGUCGCGGCAGCCGGUGUCGUGACGGCUAUUGCCAGUGGGCGAUCUAGAGGAGGAACACUCUCUUGUCUCUCUCCGGCUCACCAAGGGCUGAUGAAGUACAAUGGGUUUCCUGGGGUAUUUCUCAAUGGUGGUGUGGUGUAUGGUCAAGACGGGAAAAUCCUCUCGUGUACCGAAAUACCCCUGCCCGCCCAAUCAAUGUUGCUGGCUAAGAUGAAAGACAUGGGAAUCUUGCAGAACGUCCUAGGAUACACUGCUGAUCGUGUCCUUUGUAUCGAAAAGAACUCCUACACAGAAAAAAAUUGCUUGGUAUUCAGAGAACCUGCCGCGGAGGUGCUACCUUACGAAGAGUUCGCCGCCACACGAUUCGUGAAGUUGGUAGCUUGCGGAAGUGUAGAGUCCACAGAUAAGGCGCGUCCGAUCUUGGAAAAAGCUGUAGGUGAGCACCUGCGCUGCGUGCGCCCUCUUGACUGGAACCUUGAAUUCAUAAACCCCUCUGUCUCGAAAGCUGUGGGCGCCAAGGUGCUGCUGACGCACCUCAACCUGACCCCCAGUCAACUGCUUGCCAUGGGAGACGGCGAAAACGACAUUGAAGUGCUCGGAUUGGCAGGGAUUUCUGUGGCAGUUGCUAAUGCCUGCCCAGCAGCGAAAAGCGCUGCGAAAUACACCACCGUCAGCAACAACGAAAGCGCAUUCAGCGUCGUCGCCGGUCAGGUGCUGAAGGCGCGCCAAAAAGCAGGCAGAAACAACUCCCUGCCCCAAGCCAACUAG